AACAAAUUACUGACAAAUUAAUCAACCUGCGCCACACUGUAAGUCUAAUAUAUAUCCUUCCUUUCCCCUAAUGUUUCAAGAAACAUACGUAUAUAACUUGGCAUCCAUGUCACGUUUCUAUCUUCAUCUUCAUCUUUUUUGGCCAAUUUAUUUCUUUAUGGUUCCACGGUUCUCAAUACAACACUUUGAUUUGAUGGCCUUUUAACUCUAUAAAUCCAAAAGGUGCUGCUAAAACAAGUGAAAAAAAUGGCACCCACAACACUCUUUCUCAUGCAAAUUUGGUUUUGGAUCACAUGCAAUGCCAAUGCCACAAGGCCUUCACCAAAAUUCCCAGCCAUUCUAGUCUUUGGUGAUUCAACAGUGGACACUGGCAACAACAAUUACCUCAAAACAGUGGCCAAGGCUAACCAUUUCCCCUAUGGCAAAGACUUUCCUGGUAAAGUUCCAACAGGCAGGUUUUCUAAUGGAAAACUUGUCCCUGACUUCAUUGCCUCCCUCUUAAAGAUCAAAGAAGCCGUUCCUCCAUUUCUUGAUCCAAGCCUUUCAAACAACGACCUUGUCACCGGUGUGAGCUUUGCGUCAGGGGGAUCUGGAUACGAUGAUACAACCGCUGCCGUUGUCGGGAUCAUACCAUUUUCAAAGCAGAUUGAGUUGUUCAAGAAAUACAUUGUGAGAGUUGAGGGAAUUUUGGGGGAAAAGGAGGCUGACAAGUUAAUUAAAGGUGCACUUGUUAUAAUAAGUGCAGGUACCAAUGACUUUGGUUUUAAUAUCUAUGACAUACCCACAAGAAGAUUAGAGUUCAACAUUACUGGGUACCAAGAUUUUCUGCAGAAAAAGCUGCAAAUGUUCAUUAAGGAACUGUAUGAGCUUGGAUGCAGAAAAAUAGUAAUAGCAGGGCUUCCUCCAAUAGGCUGCCUGCCCAUACAAAUAACUGCAAAAUCUGAAAAUCCAAAGAAUAGAAGAUGUGUAGACAAUGAGAAUUCAGAUGCCCAAAUUUACAAUCAAAAGCUUGCAAAACUAUUGCCCAAGAUACAGUCACUCUUUCCAGGGAGCAAAAUUGUCUAUGCAGAUGUCUAUGAGCCAUUAACUGACAUGAUCAACAAUCCACAAAAAUUUGGGUUUGUGGAAACAAAGAGAGGCUGCUGUGGUUCAGGGCUUGUGGAAGCAGGGCCUCUGUGCAAUGCAUUGACACCACCAUGUGCCAAUGACUUGGAGUACUUAUUUUGGGACAGCAUACAUCCCAGUGAAGCUGCCUACCAGUACAUUUCUAAGUACCUGGAGAAGAAAGUCCUUCCAAAGCUUGAUGAUGAUCAUCAAUCACAGCCGUUGAUUAGUCUAUCCAAUCGGACAGAUGAUUGAUACUGGUAAUGAAUUUUUCCGUUCAAGUUUCAUAUACCUUGUGUGAUUUCAUUUCCACAUACAUCUGGCUUGUAAAGUCAUUUACUUGAUUUAUAUGCAACUACCCAGGAAAAAUAGAAAUUGCCAAUAUUAAUGCAGCCCAAUUAAGUCUAUAAAUUUCUGUGUUAUGUUGAUUUCUUGAAGUCUGAUUAUGUAAAUGUGGGUACUCAUAAUGACAUCAAGAAAGGCUGUCAUAAAAGUAUUUCUUCUAACUGGUUCACAUUUCUACGCCAAAAUGGAUCUUCCAUAAACCAUUGUUGGGUUUUGGCAAGUGGGUUGCUGAUGAAAGUUGCAGUCAAGACCUACCACCUCCACCACCACCGCCGCCACAACCCCCAUCACCGUCAGGAACCACCAUUUUUCUUUUGAAUUUGAAGGGUUUUUACAAGUUGCCCAGUCAGUGAACCGAACAGUCUGUGAGCACAAGCAAAACCUGGCAUUGUUAUUUCUUGCACAACUUCUUGAGAUUACAAACCAUGCUCUCUAAAAUAUAGGAAGAUAUCUAGGAGCUCUUAAA